AUUGCAGGCCAGUCCCGCUUGCCGCCUAGCCCCGGCGUCCGCGACCAAGGCCGGCCAGCCGUCGACGGCGUCCACACUGUCGGAUGCCCCCUGCUCACGGCAGGCAUGGUCGCACGGAGCAGCAUUUGAGGUGGAGGGAACCAGGCAACCAGGGGGGCAUCCUCCUCGUCUCCACGGCAGACGCUUGCCAUGUGUUCGUGCAAAUGCUUCUGUAGGCGUAUGCGCUCCGAUCUGUCGAAAUGAAUCGUCGGUCCGGGUACAUGCUGCUAUUGCUUCAAAAGGAAGGUUGUCUUUUCUUCUCAAGCAUUCUUAGUAGUCAAACAGACUUUGGGAUCACACAAUUGGUGUGAAGUGAAGCACAGGGGUCUUCAUCUCUGAUCAUCAAGAUGGCAUGCUUGGUUUUACCUUUUACGUUAGUCGUUCUGUUUUACUUACUCAGCUACCUCGCUUAUGCACGUGCAAUGUACACUUUUUGACAGAAUAAGGAUCCAGUUUUUUUCCCGCAAUUGCGUGGCCUGUCCAUGCCUCGGUCAAGCUUGAUUUCACACAAGCAAAGAGAGCAAUCUAACACUCUUUUCGCUCACUCAUGGAGGAACAAUAGUUCUCUGGAUGAUAUUGGUCCACGUUGUGAACCUUCUUCCCAUCCGUUUGGUCUGUGCAAGACAAGAGCAGCAGCUUUCGGCUAUCCAUGUGAAGAUCACAUGGUCACAACAGAAGAUGGUUAUAUUCUUAGCCUAAAGAGGAUUCCUCAUGGUGUUUCUAACUCGACCAAGAAUACAACGAGGAUACCAGUACUACUAUUCCACGGGCUCAUGGUGGAUAGCGUUUCUUGGGUACUGGGUACGCCAAAGCAAUCACUUGGAUUUAUUUUGGCAGAUGGUGGGUUUGAUGUUUGGUUUGCCAACACCCGUGGAACUAAUUCCAGCCGGAACCAUACCUCGCUCACCCCAGAUGAUCCGGAGUACUGGAAUUGGACGUGGGACCAACUUGCUGCCUAUGAUCUUCCUGCCGUGCUUCAGCAUGUCUAUGAUCACACAGGAGGCCAGAAAGUUCACUAUAUCGGUCACUCCCUGGGAACCUUGAUUAUUCUUGCAGCCUUCUCUGAGCACAGGUUACUUCAUUUAGUUCGAUCGACUGUGUUGCUCUGCCCAAUUGCUUAUCUGUAUAAGACAAAAUCGAAACUCACCCGGCUUGCUACUCAAAUCCUCCUUGCAGAGGCAUUUCACUUUCUAGGAUAUCGUGAGUUCAAUCCUGUUGGGCCAGUUUCACAUGAAAUUCUGCUCAUAAUAUGCGGUGACCCUGAAAUCGACUGCUACGACCUAUUUACGGCUGUUAUGGGACCGGACUGCUGCCUCAAUGCUUCAACUGUAUGUAACUUCCUGCAGCAUGCUACACAGUCCACCUCUAUCAAGAACCUUAUUCACAUGUCGCAGAUGAUCAGGUACGAAGGGGUCAGAAGGUAUGACUAUGGCAACGCCAAGGAAAACAUGAAGCAUUACAACCAGCCACGCCCCCCGCUGUACAACCUCUCAUCCAUCCCGACCCAUGUCCCCAUGUUCCUCACCCAUGGUGGCCAAGACUUCCUCGGCGAUGUCCCUGACACCAGGCACCUCCUGAACACGCUGGUCAGAACCCAUGAUAGAGACAACAUGGAGGUACUGUACGUGCCCGACUACGCCCACGCCGACUUCGUGAUAGGCUAUAAUGCUCCGCAACUAGUAUACGAGCCGAUGGUCGACUUCCUUCAGCGUCACUGAGAGAGUCGCCACUUCAGGUCUCUCUCCGAGCAGGCCUUCAGCAGUAACUUCCUAUCAGCCUGUGCAACCAACCAAAACUUCAACCACAUAUUACUUGUCCGUGUAUAUGGCUUGUGUAUGGUCUUAGCAUAUGUCUGCAAAUCAGAGUGAGUAGAUGCCAGUUUGAUCAUGCUAGAGAGUGGACUACUCUGUCAGAUAUUCAGUUUCAUGUAUCCAGUUUACCCGUAAUGUCGAAUCCCACGUUAUCACUUUA